GUUGCCACCUCACGCCGCUCUCGCCACCCUCCUUCUCCUAUCUGCUGCACCGAAAAGGAAAAGCUUCCCUCGCCUCCCCCAGACCCGAAGGAUCCCAGCGGCGAAGAAGGAAAAAUAUCGCGCCUCCCCCCGCCGCCGAUCAGCGCCUCCGGUUCUGGAUCCCCGUGCGGAUCCGCAGCACCGACCUCCGAGUCGAGCCCAGGCAAGGUGCUGCUACUGUUUGGUCAUUUGGUGUGUAUCCACUACCAGUUGUGGGCACUGAGUGAAGUGAAGUGCUGGCAUGGGGGGCGUGUUUGGACGCCACGACGCCGGCAGGCAGAGCUCCCACGGUAUGAAGCUAGAGUCGAAGAUGGUGGAGUCCAUGAAGCAGAGAGCGUCGCAUGGAACUUCGGUCAAGUCGUUCAACAGUAUUAUCAUGAAGUUCGCGAAAAUCGACAAGGGCUUGAGAAAAUGCAAGACUAUCUUUCAGCAAUUCGAUGAAGAUUCCAAUGGUGAAAUUGAUAAAGAAGAGCUCAAGAAUUGCUUUCAGAAGCUGGAAAUCUCAUUCACAGAGGAGGAGAUAAGUGAUCUCUUUGAAGCUUGCGACAUAAAUGAAGAUAUGGGCAUGAAGUACAAUGAGUUCAUUGUCUUUCUGUGCCUUGUUUAUCUUCUCAAUGACCCUGCUGCAUCAGAAGCAAAAACAAAGAUGGGAUUAGGAGAUCUUGAGUCAACUUUUGAGACCUUGGUUGAUGCAUUUGUCUUCUUGGAUAAGAACAAGGAUGGGUAUGUGAGUAAGGAUGAGAUGAUUCAAGCAAUAAAUGAGAGCAUACCAGGGGAACGCUCUGCUGGCCGUAUAGCCAUGAAAAGAUUUGAGGAGAUGGAUUGGGACAAGAACGGGAUGGUUACCUUCAAGGAAUUUCUGUUUGCAUUCACUCGCUGGGUUGGGAUAGGCGAAAACGAGGACGAAGAUGAAUGAAUGAUGUGGAAGCUGACAGCCGAAGAAUGGCUGACUAUAAAUUGGUUGCGUGGUGGUUUUAUCUUUCUGUUAAUAGUGACUCGGCAUGUUCCAUAGAAGGACUGACAUGUCUGAACACCUGUACCAAACAGUGUCUGUGACGGCUUCGCCUCCAUUGCAAGUUAUGUUGUGUAGUAAGCAAAAUAUUGAAACAUUGAUAGCAAGAGGGCUCGUGUCAGCAACAACCUUGGCUCACCCAUGUUAAUUUGGUCUUGUGUAGCUUAAUACUACUCUGUUCCUAAAUAUAAGUCUUUUUAGAGAUUA